AUGACUACCCUAACGAUUACUCGAGCCUAUCAGCAUUUUUUCGAUACUCACCCCAACGGCACUCUUGCCCUCACAGGCGGAAUACUUAACGCAGUUGGCGACAUUGUCGCGCAGGUGUCCCAGAAUACGUUGUGCGAAGAUCACCAGCGCAGACCGGGAUGGGAUGCUGCACGGACUUUGCGUUUCUUUUGUUUCGGAUUUGGGAUAAGCCCUCUACUUGGCAGAUGGAAUGUCGUCCUUGAGCGCAGGUUUCCAUUGUGUAGACGGAGGAGCCACAAGAUUAACUUUUGGGCUCUCUCCAAGCGCGUAGCUGCAGAUCAGCUGUUAAUGGCACCUUUCGGCCUUGUGUUGUUCGUCGGUUGUAUGGGUGCAAUGGAAGGCCGAAGCUUUGCUCAAAUACGCGAGAGAUACAGCGACAUGUAUACCACUGCAUUACUAGCAAACUGGAAGGUCUGGCCCAUGGCGCAGCUUAUAAACUUCCGGUAUGCGCCAUUACCAUACAGGAUCCCCUUCCAAUCGACUUGUGGUGUUUUCUGGACGUUAUACCUUUCCUUGCUGAAUGCGAAGUAG